CAGUGGACUUACCUCAACGUUUCAUCUGGAGAAAUAUUUAACUCAAGUGGAUCACAUAACUGCGCUUUUCACAAUUUAAGGUGGGAUUCAUAUGUUCUUGUCCUGUGUAAGAUGAGUGAGAGAGCCUCAUACCUGUGGGGCGGUGUGCUGAGGACUCUGCUUAUACUGCUGACCGCCUGCUCCACAGCAGAGGGAGGACGCUGUCCUAAGUCCUGCUCCUGCCAUGUCCCCAACGAAGUGCACUGCACCUUCAGAUAUUUGACUUCAGUCCCUGAGCACAUCCAGCCAACAGUGGAGAAGAUGAACCUGGGGUACAACAGCAUAGCAAUGUUAAAAGAAAAUGACCUGACUGGACUCAAGAAUUUAGAGUUAUUGAUGCUGCAUAGUAACACCAUCCACAACACUGAAGAUGGAGCUUUCAAAGAUUUAAAAUCUCUACAGGUUCUGAAGAUGUCCUAUAAUAAAUUAAAGAAAAUCAACAAAGAGACAUUUACAGGACUAGAAAGUGUCAUAAGACUUCACUUGGACCACAACCACCUUGAGUUUAUUCAUCCAAAUGCAUUCUAUGGCCUAACCACUCUACAGUUAGUAAACCUGGAAGGAAACUACCUUCAGCAGAUUCACUCACACACAUUUAUCACUUUGAGGUAUAACCAGCUGUUUGCAGUCUCCUCUGUGAAGACCAUCCACCUGUCAGACAAUCUCCUCUCCAGCCUCCCUGCAGACACUUUCCCUUCCUCUGUCCAGCUGGAGAAUCUCUUCCUUCAUGGCAACCCCUGGAGUUGUGACUGUCGUAUGGCAUGGUUCACAAAAUGGAGGAUCAUGAAUGUUGGUGUUUUGAAGUGCAAGCGUGAUCGGAGAGGCCAGCUUUGUCCAGUUUGUCAAAAUCCUUCCAUCCAUCACAACAAAACCUUAUCUCUUAUCUCAAGUGAUGCCUUCAUCUGUACGAGACCUGCAAUCCAACCCCAUCUAAAGAACAAAAAUAUUACUUUGGAUGAGGGAGAGUACAGUCAACUUUUGCCCAAAGACUUUAUAGCACCUUUAGGUUCAAUACAAAUUAACCUUACAGAUCAUUUCCACAAUGAAGGUAGCUUGUCCUGCACUGUCCAAAGACCUUCCGCUUCUGAAAACUUGACUCUGGUCUCGGGAGAAGAUGGCACUAACCACAUCACUGUUACUAUGACAACUUACCUGAUCUGUAAUGUUGAUCAUGAGCAUAUGCCGCAGCUUUGGCAGAUCUUGGCCAUUUACAGUGACUCUCCAAUGCAGCUGAGGAGAGGUGAAAUGACAGCCAAAACCCCCGAAAUGAAGUACAGGUACAGUCAGAUGAAACCCAUGGACGAGGACGAUGAUUUUCACACAAACAUUGAAGCUGUGAUCAAAGCUAGCCCUGCCCUACUGAUGCAGCCAGAGAUUAACUUACAGCUAGACCGGACAGCUACCACCUUCUCCACACUGUAUGUCAAAUACCAGUCUGUGGUCAACCUUGGGGUGGACAAUACACAAACUAACAGAGAUGGCUACUCUUGGACCGUGAUCAAGCGUGACAAUCAGACCAAGACUCAGCUCACUGCAGUUACAGGUGCAGUUGCCCAAUUCAGCUGUGAAGUUGUCGGUGAACCCAAACCAAUAAUGGAGUGGAUUUUACCAGAUGGAAGCAAGGUCCGAGCUCCUUACAGCAGUGAGGACAAGCGGCUCCUGAUCUCUGCAGAUGGAAAAUGUACCAUCCGAGGAGUGGCUCCCUCUGACAUAGGACUGUAUCAUUGUAUUGCUACCAACUACCUGGAUGCAGAUAUUCUCACCUUCAGACUGAACGUUCUGUCUCCUGAUGUAGAAGAUGAUGAAAUCAAUGGUCUCCAGCUGACAAAGCCACUGGGAGAGAGGCUGAUGCUUGAAUGUGGUGCAACAGGAAGUCCUAAGCCUUCAAUUAAAUGGAUUCUUCCUGAUCACAGCAUAUUAGAAUCAUCGCAAGACAAGAAAAAGGUGUAUGAAAAUGGAUCACUAGUGGUAGAGAGCCUCACAAAAAGAGAUAGAGGUUUUUAUAGGUGUCAAGUAUCCAAUCAAUUAGGAGUUGACCUGUUAGUGUCACAUGUUUUGGUGACUGGAGAGGAACCUAAAGCAGUAACAGUUUUGGACCAAGAUGAGGAAAAUAUUCUAGACAAGACGAACGUUGACAAAGUUGAUACUGAGAAUCCUUCUAUUGGCAAAGCAAGUCAAGAAUCCAGGACCGUCACGUCAGACCGGCCAUAUCCCAGGCUUAGAUCCCGGGACAGGGAGCACUUGGAGAGUAGACUAGGUCAUAGAAGGAGGGGUCCUUUCAGCAGCAGAAAUAGAGUUCUGCAUAGGUCAUACAAGAAAUUGGACCCAGAAAGAUUUGCCCAAUUUUUGAAUAACAUAAAAAAUAAAGAAAGAACACACAGUGGCUCAAAUACAGAGUCUAAUAUAUUUUCUGGUGAUGGUGAUGUCAGUUCGGGUGAGAAUCCAGAUGAUGUCAUUCUGCCACAGUUAGUCAAACCAAUCACAACUAAGCCAGAAAACCUAGGGACAACAGAAUCAUAUUUUCAACAUAGACCUACACAGACAAACAAUCUAGUAACACUUAAAUAUUUUCCAGAGAGUCAGAGUAAUGCACCAUAUGUCACAGUUUUACAAAAUAAACACUACCCUACUUUUAAUGAACCUACUGAUGUUUAUACUUUGGAGAGAACUUCAAAUAUUGCCUUUAACGUGCACCCAGUUACUGCCCAGCGACUAGAAGAUCCAGAAACAUCUACAGGAGCAGCCAUUUCAUUCACAACAGAUCCUCAUGUUACUCCCAUGAGAGAUGGAACAGGGCCAUUGGUGUACACCUCCACCGAUCCAGACCACCAGACCACCUUCACCGCUGUGACCACCGCAGAGAGACAACAAGACGAGAUCACCUGGCACACCACUCAAACCAUCAAGUCUCCAAGCCUACAUUCGGGAUCUACUAUCAUAUCCAGGCAGCACUUUCAUAUUAUUCCACAUAAAAAUGGAAGAGCUGGAGGAGGAGGAGGAGGAGUAGGAGGAGGGAGGAGAAAGUUAUUCCCAGGACGAAGAAGAAUUGUCAAGCCAAACAGGAUCACAGACAUACAGUCGUUUAUCAGUAAAGUGAAGCAGAAAAAGGAUGGCAAUUCUACAGUGCCGUACACGAUUCAAGUGACUACAGAAUGUGAAUGUGGCAACGAUGGGGCAAAAACAGCGGUCCGUGAUGUGCAGGUGCUGACACCAACCGCGUCUCCCGCUAAGAGACCAACAAGCAUUCAAUACACAAACACUAACAGUGACAUUCCUCUGAAACAGCCCACCCAUGCUGGACCCCGAGAACUGCCCUCUACACGAGACUACAUCACUUCAGCUGACGCACCUGAAUCUGCCCCCACCACCGACCCAGUUCUGAUCACAAACCAGGAAGCGUCUGAGACUACUAAAGGGAGAAUUUCUUGGAACAGACCAUUGAGAAGGGAAAAUACAGGCAGCUACGCUCGGAAACCAUCUAUCACGCCUACCAUUUCCACCACAGCUGAAACAACAACUGUGACUGCUACUACAACCCCCGCGGCUGUGCCUACCAUUGAGGCAAACGGAAUAGUUAUACCUGCUACAAUAUUUACUCCCACCCACUCGCACGUGAAGGAAAACUCUGGAGAUGAUGAUUUUGGGGAAUUUUCUGCCGAUUUUGAGUUCACUACACAAAAACCAAGAUAUCAGGCAUAUACCACAGCAUCAUAUUAUUCUUCAACUAUAACUCAAACUCUCGCAGAAUCACAGACUUUACCAUCGCCCCCUACUGUCAAACCCCCCACAGCCAUAAAUGAAGAUGUCAUUUCUGGUUCUGGAGGACUACCUAAUAUUUGGUUUGGUAGAAAAAAGCCCAGUGGGACAAAAGGCAGACAUGGACAGAGAAGGAAGCCGAUUAGAGGAAGAAGACCAACCAAUAAAGACCAUGCUGACCCACCUAGAACUAGAGGAACAACAAAGUUACCCAAAGUGACGACAAAAUCCCCCGCUACAAGUUACACUGAGCAAGAAUCAGUGUUUACAUCAGGUCGUUCAUCCAGGUUUACUACCCACGCUCCAAGGAUGACUUCUGCUAGGACUUAUUCUACAACAUUAAUGCCAACCACCACCAGGGCAUUUUACCCAACAGCUUUUAGUAGGGUUCCAGAUAACAUCACUCCAACUCAAAAAGUCACCACAUACAGACCACAGAUUACAAGGCCAGUGUUAAAAAGUACCAUUAGCUCUGGGCAAAGACGCACAAAUACACCCUCCUACCAAAGCAACAGCCUAUCAAAAGUUCACCCCUCUGUUACAACUGGCCAGAGUGCUACUAUUGUGAGUAGAGUGCCCUUUGAGUCUACCUCCAUUCUGAUGACAAGCAAGCCCAGGAUUAUUGGAGGCAAUGCAGCCAGCUUCACUGUGCUGUCAGACUCAGAUGCGUUUCUGCCGUGUGACGCUGUUGGAAACCCUCAGCCUACUAUCAGCUGGAGACGAUUUUCAACAAUUACAGGAAACACAAUGUCUAUCAUGGGGAAAGUAGGGAAAUUUGCAGUGCUUGAAAAUGGAACAUUGUUAAUUCAAAAUGCCAACAUAAAAGAUCGGGGCCAAUAUCUCUGUCUAGCUGAAAAUAACCAGGGAUCAGACAAACUCCUAGUAACCCUGUCUGUGGUGGCUUAUCCAUCACGCAUCCUGGAACCCAAAAUGCGAGAGCUUAAAUCUCACACAGGAAAUCGAGUGGAAAUAAGCUGUAAAGCAGAAGGCCGACCCGCUCCAAUGAUAACCUGGAUCCUGGCAAACCGGACCCAGGUUAGAGGCCAGAAGUCUCAGGGGAGAGUGACUGUGAGUGACCAGGGUACUUUAGUCAUUGAACAGGUUUCUGUGUAUGAUAGAGGACACUAUAAAUGCAUUGCCAGUAAUCCAGCUGGGGCAGAUACUGCCUCAGUGAAACUCCAGGUGGUGGCAGCUCCUCCAGGCAUAUUAGAAGAGAAGCGUCAGGUCAUUAGAAUCUCAGCAACUCAAAAUAUAUGGCUUCCCUGCACUAGCAUCGGCAGCCCCCAGCCCACUAUUCACUGGGUCCUAUUUGAUGGAACAGUGAUACCAACCAACAGAGGAAUCAGAGGAUCUCGGAUAACAGUACAUCACAAUGGCACCCUCCACAUAAAAGACGUACUGCUGUCAGACAGUGGAAAAUACGAAUGUAUUGCCACCAGCUCCACUGGCUCAGAGCGCAGAGUGGUGACACUGAUGGUAGAGAAGUAUGAGACCAUGCCUCAAAUAAUGCAGAUAUCCCAGCGUCUCACCGAACUCUACUUUGGAGAUCAGCUGACCCUGAACUGCACAGCUAAAGGAGAACCAACCCCUAGGAUCAUAUGGAGGCUGCCUUCGAAAGCUGUGGUGGACCAAUGGCACAGGAUGGGAAGCAGAAUGCAGGUCCUUGAAAAUGGCACACUACUAAUCAACUCUGUAAGUGAUAAAGAUGCUGGGGAAUAUCUUUGUGUGGCACGAAACACAAUUGGUGACGACCUCCAACUCUUAAGAGUCAGGGUUUCAAUGAAGCCAGCCAAGAUAGAAACAAAGCUUCUUGAUAAAAAGCAGGUCACAUUUGGGAAGGACCUAAAGGUGGACUGCAAAGCCUCCGGAGCACCAAAGCCAGAGAUCUCCUGGGGACUUCCAGAUGGUACAGUGGUCAACAGUGUUUAUCAGUCUGACAGCAGCAUAGGUGGAGGAGGUGGAGGAGGGCGAACACGAAGAUACACUCUGUUUGAUAAUGGGACCCUAUACCUUAAUCAGGUUGGUAUGUCUGAGGAAGGAGACUACACCUGUUAUGCGGAGAACCAGGUGGGGAAAGAUGAAAUGCAUGUACAUAUCACUGUGGUGACAGCAGCUCCACACAUACACACACCUGCCCAGGCACAAGUCCGAGUGAAGUCCAGAGGGAACGUCCGCCUGGACUGCCAUGCUGUGGGAGAACCCAAACCCAAGAUCCUCUGGAUGUUGCCCUCCAAAGAUGUGAUAGCUGCUUCUAAUGAGCGUUACUUAGUGCAUGUCAAUGGCUCUCUUGAAAUCAGGGAUGUGAAGUUAGGUGACGUUGGUGACUAUAUCUGCAAGGCUCGCAACCCAGCUGGAGAGAGUAGAAAGGUUUAUAAGGUUGAAAUAGAUGGGAACAUCCCAAUGAUCAAUGGCUAUAAUCAAAACAGAACUGUUAUUAAAGAUAUUGCUGCUAAAUACUCCAGAAAACUAAUGGACUGUAAGGCUGAAGGUGACCCUACACCUACAGUCACAUGGAUUAUGCCUGAUAACAUUUUCCUGUCUGCUCCUUACUUUGGCAGUAGAAUCAAUGUCCAUCAUAAUGGCACAUUAGAGAUAAAAAAUGUGAGGCCCACUGAUACUGCAGAGUUUAUCUGCAUAGCAAGGAAUGAUGGUGGGGAGGCAGUUAUGGUAGUUCAGCUCCAAGUAAUAGGUACUAUGCAGAGGCCUAUCUUUAAGAACCCCUUUAAUGAACGCAUUGUGUCUCGCAUUGGGAAAACUGUAGUUCUGAACUGCUCUGCCAGUGGGCAUCCAGCCCCUGAGAUCUUUUGGACUUUGCCCAAUGGCACAAGAUUUAAUCAAAUACAAGGGCAUAUCUCCAGGCAUCAUGUUAGUAAUGAUGGAAGCUUAGUUAUUCACAGCUCACAAAAAGAGGAUGCUGGGAAAUACAGAUGUGGUGCCAAGAAUUACAUGGGUUACAUCGAAAAGUUAGUUUUGCUGGAGGUUGGACAACAGCCUUAUAUCUUGACCAGGCCCAGAGGGAUAAUUCGCAGUGUGUCUGGUGAGCCUCUGUUUCUUCACUGUCUGUCAGAUGGAAACCCCAGACCCAGUAUCUCCUGGACUCUUCCUGGUGGGCACACGCUGGCUCGCCCUCAGGUCUUAGGACGCUAUCAGCUACUGGAGAACGGCACUUUGAUCAUCCAGGACACCACAGCCCAUGACAGAGGGAGCUAUGUGUGCAGAGCCAGAAAUGAGGCAGGGGAGGCUGUGCUCACAGUGCCCGUGCUCAUUAUCGCAUACCCUCCACGCAUUACCACAGGACCCCCGGCCUCGGUGCGGGCCAUCAGAGGAGCGCCACUGCAGCUGCACUGUGUGGCUGUUGGGAUUCCUAAAGCAGAGAUCACAUGGGAGCUGCCGAAUCAUUCACUGCUGUCUACAGCAGAGCAGGGCUGGCCCACAGGCAGUGAGCUGCUCCAUCCACAGGGCACACUCAUCAUACAGAGGCCCACCCUCUCUGACUCUGGCACUUACAAAUGUCUGGCCAAGAACUAUCUGGGAACUGAUGCCAAGGCCACAUAUGUGCGUGUACUUUGAUACAAGACACAUACAAUCAGACUGUUAAAGAAUCAAUGGCCUUAUCAGGAUUUUUGUAUGUUCUAAAUCCUUGAUCCAGUUUUGAGCAAUUAUUUUGUCAACAAUAGUGUGGUAUUAUUGACUGAUAAAAGGAUUCAACAAAUUUACCAAAAAUACAAUAGCUCCAUAAAUAAAAAUAUAUUAUGCAAAGUUACACUGGAUAUAUUCUAAAUGACAGCAAUGUCUUCACAAGAAAAGGGGUGUUUUUUCUAAGCUAUAACAUUUUAAGCCAAUCCAUUGUGUUGUACACAAAAUAUGUCAGUAAUGUUAUACAUUAUGCUACUCUGUAAUAAUACAGUUUAAUGUUUGUAGUAUCUACUUUAUUGUCAUUUGUUUUGUGCAGCUUAAACAAGUGUUCUUGUAAAUUAUACUAGUAAAUGCAGAAUGUAGCUUUACAUGUCACAGAGCCAUUUCAAUUAUGUUUUGAUGAAGAUCUUGUUUAUAUUAGAAAAAAAGUAAACAUUUCCAUUUUCCAGCAUUAUUUAUUGUCAUUGUGUAC